AUGGGGUACCAAUAUUACAUGUCACUGCUUGUUUGUGUUAUAUUAGCAUCAAUUCUACAUUCUCAUGCCCAAAAUGCACCACAAGACUUUGUUGAUGCCCACAAUGCUGCUCGAAAAGAGGUCGGUUUGGGGCCUAUGAAGUGGGAUGCUACGGUGGCUCAGUUCGCCCAAAACUAUGCCAAUCGAAGGAAGGUUGAUUGUGCACUACGACACUCAAACACCAAUAAAUACGGUGAGAAUAUUGCGUGGGGGACGGGAGAGCUCUCGGGUGUAGAUGCGGUGAGGAUGUGGGUCGACGAGAAGGCUAACUACGAUUACAAGUCGAACACAUGCGCUAUUUUCAAGAUGUGUGGGCAUUAUACGCAAGUGGUUUGGAAAACAUCAGUUCGGCUUGGAUGUGCUAGGGUUAGGUGCCUAAAUCAAGCAUGGUUUAUUACUUGUAAUUAUGAACCUCCAGGAAACUAUAUCGGUGUGAAACCUUACUAG